UUUCAUGACGACCGGGUACAGGAAUCUAUCUGUUCGUCGGUAAUUCAGAACUGCCACCAGCUUCACGAAAAUUAUCAUAGACGGAAGACUCAAAAUGCGUCAAAAAAGAUCCAUUCCUCCAUCAUAAAAAUAACAACAAACUUAAAAAUAGUGCACAUUGUUAAAACACGCGAAAAUGGCAGAGAAGAGCCCGAAAGAGGACCCAAAAUUCGACGAGUUCUACACAGAGGUGAAAGAAAUCGAAAAACGUGACUCUGUUCUAACUUCUAAGCAACAAAUUGAGCGUCUUUUGCGCCCCGGCUCCACCUAUCUCAACCUAAACCCGUUUGAAGUGCUACAAGUUGAGCCUGAGACCCCCAUUGAGGAGGUGAAGAAGCAGUACCGAAAGCUGUCGUUUUUGGUGCAUCCUGACAAGAAUCAGGACGAUGCCGAACGGGCGCAACAGGCUUUUGAGGCAGUGAACAAGGCCUGGAAGAUCUUGAACAAUCCUGAGACCAGGCAAAAGUGCAUGGACAUUAUUGAGGAGGCUAAGGGUAGAACCGACAUUAUGCUUGCCGAGAAGCGAAAGAAAUAUAAAAAAGAAGGAAAAGACAAAAUCCCAGAGGAUGAUCCUGAUAAAUACAAACAUGCCGUUUAUGUUCUCACAAUGAAACUGUUUGCAGAUAUGGAAAGGAAACGGCGUGAAUUAGCGGAAAGAGAUCAGGAAGAGAGAAAGAGAAAAAGAGAACAGGAAAUUGAGGAAGAAGAGAAUCAGAAAGCUCAAAAAGAGUGGCAGAAGAAUUUUGAGGAAUCUAGGCAAAAUCGGGUUGAAAGUUGGCAGUCUUUCCAAGCCAAUUCAAAAUCAAAAACUAAAAAAGCGAGUAAAAAGAUCAAAACGUUUAAACCGCCGAAAAAUAAGCCAGAAUCUAGAUAAUUUCAUACUAACGUCAUGUAGGAUAGUUUAUUCAUUGAUUUGUGUUGUAAUUUGUUACUCUGGAUGCACUUGUGUGUAUACAAAACAGAUCAUAUUAUUUUAUACUAAAAUAUUUUGUAGAAUUAUUUUAUUUUAAAAAUAAAGGAUGUGUCUAAAA